UUUGCCUUCGCGUGACACAUCUGUGCAAUAUAUAAAUGAGCCUUGUGCCAAGUGCAUGCCCCAACACAACACCUCACACCACGCAUUACUGUGUAUACAGAGAGUCCAAAACCCAGAGAGGGAGAGAGAGAUGAUGGACGGGAUGAGCAUGGGCAACAUGGGGCACAAGAGUUACACCCACAUGACAUUCUUCUGGGGGAGAAACUCCGAGAUCCUCUUCACCGGGUGGCCCGGGACACGGACCGGCAUGCUUAUCAGAGAUGGCUUGAAGUCACACCGCAUGUUCGCCGCGGUCCUGCAGACCCUCAUGCACACCACGCGCAUCGGGCUCGCUUAUCUGCUGAUGUUGGCCUUGAUGUCGUUCAACAUCGGCGUGCUCAUUGUCGCCAUUCUCGGGCAUGGUGUGGGCUUCUUCUUCUUCGGAAGUAGGGCUUUCAAGAAGACACCGCCUCCCGGAAAAGUAUCAACGGAUCUGCCCCCGAUGAACUGUUGAAUUAACUUUGAUGUUGGAACAAGUUGUCUUGUGUACCAUAUUUCUGUUUUCUGUUUCUGUGCUUGUGAUUUUUUUUUA